ACAUGAAAAUGCUGUCUGCAUUGGCCCAUCCAAUCACUUACGGGUAGCUUAUUAUUUCUGUCCGUUAUGUUUAUUAUUUUUAUCCAUUAUCUAUAACCCACAUGUUCAGACCAGAGCGCCUGCGCUGACGCGUCUGUCAAACGAUAAAUGCCGACAACAGUCUCGAAGGAAACUCCUCCCUGUUGACAACACGCCGCUCUCAUAGCGCAAUGGUCUCCUGGAUUAUUUCUAGGCUUGUGGUGCUCAUAUUUGGUACCCUUUACCCGGCGUACUCCUCAUAUAAAGCUGUCAAAUCGAAAGAUGUGAGAGAAUAUGUGAAAUGGAUGAUGUACUGGAUAAUAUUUGCACUUUUUACUACAGUUGAAGUGAUUACUGAUAUCUUUUUGUGCUGGCUCCCAUUCUACUAUGAGCUCAAAAUCGCCUUUGUGGUGUGGUUACUUUCCCCGUACACAAAGGGAUCCAGUGUGCUGUACAGAAAAUUUGUCCACCCUACACUGUCCUCUAAAGAGAAGGACAUCGAUGAAUACCUUUGCCAAGCAAAAGAUAAAAGCUAUGACACCCUGAUGCAUUUCGGAAGGAAAGGCCUGAAUGUGGCGGCAACAGCUGCAGUAAUGGCUGCCACUAAGGGCCAGGGCGUUCUCUCCGAGCGACUCCGCAGUUUCAGCAUGCAGGACCUGUCAUCUUUCCAGGCAGAGGGCCAGGCAAAGAAUGCAAGUUCUGUAACCACUCAAGCUGCAGCCGCGCAGCACAGAACACGCACCAUGAUGCGCAGCAAAUCAGAGACUGGUUACAGCAAGGGCCAUGAUUUUGACAUGACCGAAUAUGAGAUGUUGAAUUUGGAGCAAUAUGCUUCCAUUGAGCCUCCUGGUCCGCUGACACCCACCCCGGCUCCAUCCCAGCCCACUCCACCUCAUCCUGAGCCCACAACUCCAGUGCUUUCCCCUUAUGAGUCCUUCCAGGAUAAAUCCGCAUCCCAACCCAUAGCCUCAGAGGAGCCUGAGGAGAAGGAGGAAUUUGCCUCAUCUGCUUCGGCCCAAUUCAGAUUUAAGAGGCGUGCCCCUGAGCCUCCUCCUAGAUCCCUAAGACCCGUCACCCGAUCCAGAUCAAAGAACGCCCUCUCUUCGGACACUGAAGCCAUGUGACUGUGCAUAUGCUCCAAGAGCGCUUUAGCUGUCUUACCUGCAACCUGAGGAGACGCAACAAGAGAAGGCAGAGAAAAAAAAGGAAUGCAGCCAAAAUGUUCAAAUAUUCAAAAGCAGCCUUGCUCUGUAAUGAGGUAACCAAAGCGAUGUGCAACCUUUCGCUUCUGAUCUUUGACACUCAAGGGGGAGGGAAUUCAUUUAGGUAACACGUUCGUGUACAUACUGCUGCUCUGAGACUCUUUGGGAGUUAUUAAACUUGUUUUGUAUAUAUUUAUGGUAUGUUUGAGUGUAGACUGAUUUCUUGGUAUGAUUUUGGGAGAAACAAACGCAUGCACGUCGUCUCCAGUCACCCAUCCAUAACCACUGCACACAGUCAUAAUAGUUAUUGUUUAUGAACAUACUUUAUUUUUAGGGGGACUGCACUCAUUUUGGGUCACCUAAAGCCCGCUCGACAACUACUGAGCAGCAAGGUGUUUCCGAAUCAGUCUUUCUUAGAACAGCGAAGUAGUACUGCACUGAUGUGGUAGGUGUGUUUGACAGCAAACAUAACAUUUAUUUCAUGAUUUAUGUGUUAACAAAUACAAGCGUUCAUCUGUAAAGAGGGAUUUUUAAUACAAGCUUGUAGUUGAACCAAAAAAGGUAUUGAUCACAAUACCUAACGUGAUUUGUGAUUUAAAAUAGAUGGACAAAGUGCAAUGGAUUUUACAGUUCUUCGAAACUUUCAAUAGUUCAGCUAUAAACUUAAAAUAUUGUGCUGUAACUUCAUAUACGUAUAAAGCUAAUCAGUAACCGUCUUGUUUAAAAUGCACUAAAAAGCUUUCCUACACAGAAAGAGGCAAUUAAGUUGGUAUUUGUUUAUAGAUGUUCUUAUUUUACUUCAUUACAUUAAUUAUUAGUCAUGUACAGUUUAUUUUAUCAUUUCAAAACACAGCGCUGAUUGAUCAGCAUGAAAUUUCACAUAUUUUGAAGUAAUUCUAAAUGGAUUGUUUAUCCAAAAAUGAAAAUUCUGUCAUCAAUUACUCACCCUCAUGUUGUUCCAAACAUGUAAGACUUUGUUCAUCCUCAGAACACAAAUUAAGGUAUUUUUGAUGAAAACAAGCUUUCUUACCCUGCAUAGACAGCAAUGGUACUACCACAUUCAAGGCCAAGAAACAAAGUACAUUGAUAAAUUAGUCCAUGUAACAUUAGUGGUUUAACUGUAUGUGUGCAAAGAAAACAAAAAUAACGACUUUUCAAACAUUUCUUCUCUUCUGUGUCGCGUCCAUUCCUCUGCUUGCAAACAAACCGCACCACAACCACAGCGCAUCCGGGUUCUACGUCAGUUAUUUUUGUUUUCUUUGCGUGCGAAAUAUUCUCGUCUCUUCAUAACAUUACGGUUAAACCACAGAUGUCAUAUGGACUAUUUUAUCGAUGUUUCUGAGCCUUGAACGUUGUAGUUUCGUUGCUGUCUACAGGGUCAGGAAACUCUCAGAUUUUACAAAAAAAAAAUCUUAAUGCAUGUUCCGAAGAUGAACGAAGGUCUUACGAGUUUGGAACGACAUGAGGGUGAGUAAUUAAUGAAAGAAUUUUCAUUUUUUUGUGUUAACUUUACCUUAAAACUGAAUGUUUUCUGUUAUUUCUUUGCUUGCUUCUUAAACCUCUUCAUUUGCUUGAUGUUGCAUGUAUUCACAUUGACGAUUUGAAUGUGUCUCACUUUUUGGCCUCCACUUUCUGAACGUGUUCAGUAUUAAGUACCUUAUCAGAGUUGAGCAGGCGUUAGUGGUGAUUUGGUACAACACAAAGCGGGUCCUUCAGUUAGUGUAGUCGUUUUAGUUUUGUAGCAUUCACAGAUUUAGUCAUAUGAGGAGGAACAAAUGUCUGAAAACACUGUGCAAUUACAUUAGCGUGUAUCACUAAGAAACUCACAGUUUGCCGUUGUAUCAUUCCUGAUCACAGUCGAGAGUAAGUUGUAAAUCUCUAUGGACUAUCAAACACAUAGCAAACACAGCUGGAUCUUAGAACAUUCUAUCCACCUUUUUUCCUCAACGCGAUAGUAAGCCUAUGGGCGAGACUUCCGGUUCAUUCCGCUAUAGGGAAAUUACGAAAAGAAUAACAGCGUGCAGUAAACGGUAAAACUGUUUGCUCUACAAACCAGUGUGUUCAUAAUUAAGAUAAUACGCAAAAAUAAUAUAAUAAAUCACACCAAUUUGCACGAGCUGUUUUGUACAUGAAUGAGACCGGAAGCCAGACCCAUAAAAUUUACAAACUCUUACAGGAAGAAAAAGGUGGAUAUUUAGAACGCUUUUCACAAUGUGUUUUAUACUGUGAGAAUGAUGACAAUCCUAAUCUCAUAAACGUGCUUUGUCAAAUUACAGAUUUUAUGUGUUUGAGAUCUUGUAGCUGUUCAGAUGCUUAUAUCACUGACAAAAUAUCUGGCUCAGGAACUGUUUUUGUCAUUUUAUCACACUUUUAUUAUUUAGACUUGAUAUUUUGACUUUUAUUAUUUAGAAAUUAUCUACAAUGUGAACUGAAAAAAUCAUUGGAAUAGUGAUAAUCUGGUUGGCUUUUUGUUGGCUUUGUGUUUCCAGUAUUUACAGCGAGAUUAAAAUCCAGCAUUUUCUCUGUAAAAUGGUAUGAUUUUGAAGUGCUCUGUGUGGAACCAUCUUUGGCCUUUUACAGCAUAUAAAAACAGCUGACUGUUGCUUCUUUGAAUAUUCAGGUCAUUAAAGGCACAACCUUUGAAACUUCAUACCGUGUGAAGAGCAGUUUAGAUGUGCGUAUAGUCAUUCAGUGGGAAAAUAGCUAUUUAUGAACCCAUUUUAAUAUUAACAAAAUGGUGUCCAAAAUGAAUCUCGUGGACUACUUUCUGAAUUCUCAAUUUUCGAAUAUGAAAGUGAGACAUUACAUAUGCAUGCUUAAUCAUGUCAGAUGAAUUUAUGUUUUUAAAUUCAGGGACUUGAGUAGAGGCUGUGCCUUUAAAGACUAGAAAAGUCCAUUUGGAACUGAACUAUCGUGUAUUUUUGAGUUGUUUGUGCCAGGUUGUUCUGAUUAGGAGAGUCAAAAUGUCUUUUCACCAUUCUGUUAUUAAAACAUAGCGGCUUGCAGCAUCUCCAUAAAAAAAGUAUUUCCAUAUUCCGCAGCUGUCACAUCUGGCAGGCCAGAAUUUACUGCAUCUCAAUGUUCUCAAGUCCUUUACUGAAUAAAUCUUGAGUGGAAAAAGACAGAAGUUGAUGUAAAAGAGUGAAAUGAUCUCUGUUAAAAAAAAAUGUAUUGGCAUUCAACGAUUAAAAGGUGAAUGUGAAA